GAGGGGUAAAAAAGGGGGUGCUGAGAAACACAAAACCUAAGAACUCUGCAAGCAGUGAAAGACAACAGAGAAAAAAGGCAUGAGAGAGGAAGAAAGAGAGGGAGAGAGAGAGGGAAAGGGAGAGAGAAAGGGAGAGAGAAAGAGAGAGCGAAAGGGAGAGAGAUGUUUACACAGUGAUAUACACGUCCUGAGCCAAAGUCAAACGAGAGAAGACUUGUUUGAAAGGGAUGCGGUCAUUCCUUCUCCAAAGGGGGAGGGUCCAACAGCUGUAAAGGGGCGGAAGAAGUAAGAGAGAGAGAGAAGUUAGCGGAGCACAGAGUCAGUCUGUGAAUCGCUUGGAUCUACUUGCCGGAGGAAUCCAGACAGCCCACAAACUUUCCCCCACUUCAUAAGCAUGCAGGGGCAUCGGUCUUCCAAGUCCAGACAAGGAAAUGCGGAAGUUUCAACCGGAAAUCUCAGAAAUCAACAUGGCUGACUCCAGCAGCAGUAAGCCAAUGGUGGUCACAUCUUCACUGUCACUGAAGGUGACCGCGCCCUCUUUCUACAACCAACCAAAGAAGUUUGCUUCGGUUGCGCCGCCCCGCCCCAAAGGACAAGUCGGCACCGGUGUGAUUGGUCGAGUGGGAGAGAUGCCGCCACCCCCGCCAGCAAUUUGUGAGGAUUUCCCACCCCCUCCUCCACCAUUGGAUGACACGGAGCUGCCCGCCCCUCCCCCUGAUCUUGAUGCCACACCCCCUGCUUAUGAAGCCCCUCCUCCUGCAUUCCCUGACCCUCCCCCUCCUGCUGUGGAGGACCUGCCCUUCCCAGCACCCCCAGAAGAUUUCACCUCUGAACCCUCUGACCCCUCACCUCCUCCUCCUCCCCCUCCCCCUCCUCCCCCUCCCCCACCACUUCCUGCGUCUAAUUCCACCACCAACAACAACAACCAGGCCCCACAGGCCACAGCUGUAGUGGAAGGCGCUGUAGGCUGA